AGUCAUCUCAUUGUCCAACGCACGAUAGGAGUCCCAGUCUCUCCAUAAUGAAUCCAUAACUUCACUACUCUGUAGAACGAAAUCAUCACUUCACAUCUUUUAUUUCACCGAUCAAACUCAUCCAAAGCAAAAGAAAAAUUUCGAGAGGCUGCAAACAAUGGGUGACGACCGGGCUCUUGUCCACAGUGAACCCCAACCAGAACCCCUGUUGGUUGCCCACGCGCCGCCACUUGCCGCCUCCUACAACAACCGGAUCCGCCCCCUGCUUGAUGCAAUCGACAGGCUCCGAAACCUCAUGGUCAUGCAGGAGGGCAUCCAUCUCCCCACCAUCGUUGUUGUCGGCGACCAGUCCUCCGGCAAGUCGAGCGUCCUCGAGUCCCUCGCCGGCAUCAACCUGCCGCGGGGGCAGGGCAUUUGCACGCGCGUCCCUCUCAUCAUGCGACUCCAAGACAACCCUCACGCUGAUCGCCCCGAGCUCUACCUCGAGUUCAAUGGCAAAGUCGUCCACACGGACGAGGACAACAUUUCUGAGGCCAUUAAUGAUGCCACCAACGAGAUUGCGGGCCAUGGGAAGGGCAUAUCGAGCGCUCCACUGACUCUGGUCGUGAAGAAAGACGGCGUCCCGGACUUGACCAUGGUGGACUUGCCUGGAAUCACUAGAGUGCCCGUGCACGGCCAACCCGAGAACAUCUACGAGCAGAUCUCGGAGAUGAUCAUGGAUUACAUAAGGCCUGAGGAGAGCAUCAUCCUCAAUGUCUUGUCCGCGACUGUCGACUUCUCCACUUGCGAGUCCAUAAGGAUGUCGCAGAUGGUGGACAGGACCGGGAGGAGGACUCUGGCUGUCGUCACAAAGGCUGAUAAGGCUCCGGAGGGCCUGCUCGAGAAGUUGACGGCCGAUGAUGUCAAUAUAGGGCUCGGUUAUGUGUGUGUGAGGAACAGGAUUGGUGACGAGACGUACGAAGAAGCGAGGCUGGAAGAGGCGAAGCUGUUCGACACGCAUCCUCUGCUGUGGAAGAUUGAUAAGUCCAUCGUUAGUGUGCCUGUCUUGGCACAAAAGCUGACGCAGAUUCAAGCCACCAUCAUGGCCAAGUGUUUGCCCGAGAUCGUCAAGAAGAUCAAUGACAAGCUGAGUGCAAAUGUCGCCGAGCUUAAGAGGAUGCCCAAGAAUUUGUCCUCGGUCGCGGAGGCCAUGACGUCCUUCAUGCAUAUCAUGGGGUCGGCGAAGGAGUCGCUGAGGAAAGUCUUGCUGAGAGGCGAGUUCGAGGAGUACCCAGAAGAGAAGAACAUGCAUUGCACGGCCAGGCUAGUGGAGAUGCUGAACCAAUACUCUGAAGAGCUCCAAAACUGUGCCGAGAAUGACCCGAGGACGAACUUCCUUUUGGAGGAAUUGGAGGUCUUGGAAGAGGCCAAAGGGAUCGGGCUCCCUAACUUCCUCCCUCGUACCGCCUUUCUCACCCUUUUGCAGCGGAAGGUGAAGGGGAUAUCGAGCAAGCCAACGAGUUUUGUGGCUCUUGUUUGGGACUACAUUGAGGGAGUUGUGAUUCGGGUGUUGAUGCGACACUCAGAGAAUUAUCCUCAGCUUCAGUCGUCGACGAGAAGAGCAGCGUCCAAUCUGAUCAACAAGAUGAAGGAGAAGGCGAUGGAUAGGAUGAUGGAAAGUGUUGACAUGGAGAAGCUCGCUGACUACACUUGCAACCCUGAGUACAUGUUGGAGUGGAACAAGUUGAUGUCCCAGCAGAACAUGUUCAUGGAUGCGAUCGACCACGUGUCGAAGCCUAGCAACAUUGUCCUCCAGGGAAUCGGGGAGGUCGACGUGGGCAACCUGAGGCUUCGCAAGCAGCAGAUUCAGGAGGCGUUCGAUCUGAAGAUGAGGAUUACUGCGUACUGGAAGAUUGUGCUGCGGAGGUUGGUUGACUCGAUGGCGCUGCAUCUGCUGUUUAGUGUGCAGAAUUUGGUUAACAACGAGAUGGAGACGGAGAUUGUGGGCGAGCUGAUCGGGCCCAAUGGCAGCGGCGGCAUUGAGAGGAUGCUGGAGGAAGCGCCAUCGGUGGCGGCGAAGCGCGAUAGGCUGAGCAGGAGCAUCAAGCUGUUGAGGGAGUCUGCGGCGGUGGUGGCCAAGAUCAUGGACCGGAUCACUACUGUAAGAAUUGGUCAAAAGGAGGGGACAACAACAUUAAAUGGAGAGAGACAGAAAGGAAGAGAGAGAGAGAGAGAGAAAGAGAGAGAGGUGGUCUUGCUCAAUAAAUGAAGAGACAACAACAUUAAAUGGAGGAAGAGAGAGAGAGAGAGAGAGAGAGAAUAAAAGAAAAGAGAGAGAGGGAUGCUCGGCAGAGAGCACGCCGAGAAGAGAGAAAAUAGAGAGAGGGAAAGGCAGAAAAGAAGAAGAAGAAAGCCAGAAAGGGAAGGGGUAUACGAGAGGGAAAGGCAGAAAAGAAGAAGAAGAAAGCCAGAAAGGGGAGGGGUAUACGAAACGGACACCUCCUCAAGUCAAUUCAACUUCGAAUUGCAACGUACUUUAAGGAUU